GGAGAUGGGGUGGGGGAUGGGGUGCAGCACCCACCCUCUCCGUCUACCUAUUGGACAAGCGCUCGAACAUUGGCUCAACAGUCUUCGGGACGCCAGGCUCGAGGUUGCCUCCUGAUAUUUCCGAGGUCAAUGCCGAGAUGCAGAAACGGGUUGUUGUGGCUCACGUCAUGGCGUACAUCAUGGGGGUCUCAAUGCACUGUGAGCGCGUGCUGCCCAGCAAAGUCCAGUGCUCCCAUUGCGGGACCUGGGUGGCCGACGAGGGGAGGUUGCGGACCCUCCUGUGGAAUGUCCCCCAACUUGCGAGCACUCCAAGGAAUAUGUUCAUGACCUUCCCCACCCUUUUCGAUUUCGGCGAGCGGCGAGGCAACUGGUAUGGCAAAUCUUUGUACUUCGGCCUUAGCUUCGAAGCGACAGCCCUUGCAAGCUCACCGUCAUUUGAGGAUUACCUCCUGGACAUUGCACCUCACCUGGACGGGCACAGCUACAAGGGCCAGUCAGGCAGGAUCGGCGUGCUGGGCGGCUCUCCUGACUUUGCAGGGGCCCCCUACUAUGCCGGCAUGGCGGCACUGCGUGUCGGCGCGGAGCUGCUGUACAUGUGCACGGAGGAGUCUGCAACAGGUCCCAUCAAGGGCUACUCCCCCGAGCUGAUGGUCAGCGAA